AAGCUCCAGCAGUAUGUGUUGAACAUCAUUUCUACAUUUGUUUUCAAAACGAUGAAAGAGUUCAGCAAGCUGUCCACAUGGCUGUUCAUCAUCUUGGUGCUGCUGGAAAGCUCAAACUGUGCUGUCAACCCUUGCUGCUACUACCCUUGUCACAACUCAGGAGUUUGCGUACGAUUGGGCACCGAGAGCUACGAGUGCGACUGCACCCGCACCGGCUUCUACGGGAAAAACUGCACCCAUCCGGAGUUCUGGACCUGGGCUCGGCUUAUGCUCAAGCCCAGCCCGGAGCUGAUCCACUACUUCCUGACACAUUUCUGGUGGUUCUGGGACGUGGUCAACAACUCGUUCCUGCAGGACACCUUCAUGAGACUAACGCUGACUGUGCGCAGUUAGCUCAUUCCCAACCCCCCGACCUACAACACCAAGUAUGGCUAUCUCAGCUGGGAGUCCUACCACAACACCUCGUACUACACCCGAAUCCUACCUCCGAUCCCACACGACUGUCCUCUCCCCAUGGGAACCAAAGGCAAGCCCGAUUUGCCCGAUCCCAAAAUGUUGGCCGAGCGUUUUUUCCGAAGGCGGAAAUUCCGAGCGGAUCCAGGGGGCACCAAUGUGAUGUUUGCCUUCAUGGCUCAACAUUUUACCCACCAGUUCUUCCACACUGACCAUAAUGUACGCGGAGGUUUCACCAAAGCUCUGGGACACGGCGUCGAUGCAAGCAACAUCUAUGGCAAUACGCUCACACGGCAGUUGCAACUUCGUCUUCAUAAGGACGGAAAGAUGAAAUAUCAGCUCGUGAAUGGUGAGGUGUAUCCCCCGACGGUGUCCCAGGCACCCGUUCACAUGGUGUACCCGGCGGGCUUUCCCUCCGAGCAGAGAUUGGCUGUCGGUCAUGAGCUGUUCGGAAUGCUGCCAGGCCUGACCUUGUAUGCCACCUUGUGGUUGAGGGAGCACAACCGAGUGUGUGACGUCCUUAAGUCGGAGCAUCCCAGCUGGGAUGACGAGCAGCUCUUCCAGACCGCCAGGCUCAUUGUCAUCGGUGAGAUCAUCAAGAUUAUCACGGAAGAGUACGUGCAGCACCUGAGCGGCUACCUGUUCAAAUUCAAGUUUGAUCCCUCACUGCUCUUCGGCCAGCGCUUCCAGUACAGCAAUCGUAUCGCCCUCGAGUUCUGCCACCUGUACCACUGGCACCCUUUGAUGCCGGACAGCUUCCAUGUGGAUGGCGAUGACAUUCCUCACUCGCGUUUCUCCUUCAACACCUCGCUGCUUUUGCACUACGGCGUAGAAAAGCUGGUGGAUGCAUUUUCGCGGCAACCUGCCGGACAGGUAUGCGGAGGUCGAAACUCUCAUGAAGUGGUGCUCAAAGUGUCCGAAAUGGUUAUGCGAGAAUCCAGAGAAACUCGUAUGCAGCCCUUCAACGAAUAUAGGAAGAAGUUCAACUUGAGACCCUACACCUCAUUCAGAGAAUUUACAGAUGAUGAGGACAUGGCAGCCGGUUUGCUGGAGUACUACGGCCACAUCGACGCCUUGGAAUUCUAUCCGGGUAUCCUUCUGGAAAAGCCGCGUCCUGGGUCCAUCUUUGGAGAAAGCAUGGUAGAAAUGGGCGCCCCCUUCUCGCUGAAGGGCUUGCUGGGCAACCCUUUGUGCUCACCCGAGUACUGGAAGCCGAGCACCUUCGGGGGGGAGGUGGGCUUCGAUUUGGUCAAAACCUCCACCCUGGAGAAAUUGGUGUGCCUCAACACCAAGUGGUGUCCUUACGUCAGCUUCCAAGUUCCUCUCCAUCAGAAGGAGACCGAGAUCAAGAAAGCUGAGGAGCUUUAACUCAUCUAAGUAGGAGACAUCAUCCAUAAAAGAGCCCUAAAAAUUGGCUUGGUAGCACUUCCCUGGCAGUAUUUUUUUUUUAAUUCACCCCACGAAAGCAUUUCACUUUGCAACAUGAGAUUUAAUAUGCAAGUCUGUCAUGAGUAGACCCACAAAAAAUUCCCAUUUCUGGAAAAAUACAGGGAGUCACAGUUAUUUCUGUUCAAAGUGAUUCCCCAACAUUUGGCCCAGCAGACUCCCCGGAAUAUUGGCAAAACUUUGCAGCCAAAAAUGGUUUCACACAGCAACAUGAAAUUAAGUCAGCCUGUUUAACUAUGACAAAACCAAAAAUGUCUCAACAACCCAAAGACACAGGACGGCAGCCAUUUUGGUUUGUUCUUGUAAGGAUCCCUCAAGAUUUGGCUCGAUAGUGCCACCAUGACAACCAUAGUUUCUCUGAGCAACUUGAAAUGUAUUAGGCAUGUCUAUCAAAAGUAGACCCACAAAAA